AAUGUCUACAUUAUCCAAGGUCACCCUAGGCACCUCCAUAGCAUUUGCUGUGGGGUCGUUUGUGUUCAUCAACUACUCCCAGCAGACGGAGCGGGAGUCGCUCAGAGAAGGGCCCAUCCGGGACGCCAAACGUUUGGAGCAACGGUUCCAGAAUAAUCGGAAGCUCAUGCGGAACGACCUCGAGCACCAACAACAGAUCAAAUUGAAACAGCAGUUCGAAAGCGUCCAGCCGUUGACGGGCGAGGUAAUCCGUGGGGCGCCACAGGACGAUGACGCCUGACUUACACGGCCUUUGCCGAGGCUACUUAUACUUGUAAAUAGUUAAUAGAGGAGUGUUUGUGUUCUUGGAGACACCAAAAGGUAACGAUAUUAAGCUCUUGAUGUACUAUGAUGCACUUUUUGUUGUGCCACCACUCCAGCCGUGUUUCGCCUCAAGCAGCCCGCCAAAACGACGGCCUAAAGAGAGGAUGUUGAAACCGUCAAAGGUUUAUGCCAAAUCUAUGGCC